AUGGCGGCAGCCGCUCCUCUGCGCGAAGAGCCGGCAGUGAGCCUGGCCGCGGCAAACAGGGAGGAGCAGAGUGCUGUGGAUUCCCAACAACUUCGGUCUCCACGGCGUGAGACGCUUUUUCCUCCGGCAUCUCGCCCAGGGGGAGCCGCAUCUGCCUCCCCUACAGCUCUCGCGGCGUCUCCUUCGCCUCAUUUUCCCGCUUCUCUUUCGCAGUCUCCUUCUCUCCCGCAUGUCGGCGGCGAGGGCGCCAUGCAGCUUGCCGCGGCGGCGAUGAGCUCAGCGGCUCUGCUCGCCGUCGAGGCGACGGUGGCUGCCCGCGAGUCUCUGAACGCCGCGGCUCUCCGCGUCGACCGCUCGCCCGGGGGUGGGGGAGGACCCGAUCCUGUGCCCCAGACGCCUGAAGCAGAUGCGACCAAGCUGCGUUUUUCUGCGUCCGCCUCUUCGCCCUCUCCGCUCUCUUCGCAGUCGCCGGCGGCGCCACGUGCCUCGGCGGCUCCACCCUGCGCCUCCUCAGCAGCGCUGCAAACCUGCGCCGCGCCGUCUCCUUCGGCAGCUUCCGCGGCCGCUCCCGUCUCGCCCGUUCGUGCGUCCGCUUUAGGAGCUCGGAGCGAGUCGCCAGCUGCACAUGCUGUGUUGCAGGCGGCUGACAGCUCCCCUUUGUCCGCGGAGCCCGCAGGCCUUCUGAACCGGGUCUCCCAGUGGACAGGCAUGAGGGGUUUCUGGCGCGAGGAGACACAGGCGGAGACUCCGCCGGAGGCGGUGGAGCCCAGCGCCAACGCUCCGACCGCGGUCGCGGCGCGAGCCGCCACAACCAGCGUCUCGGCUGCGGCGCGAGCCGCGACCUCCUGGAGUCACUGGCUGACCGAGGCCGCUGGAGGCCUCGUCGAAGAACUCAAGGCGGAAGUGGAUGUCUCGGAAGACCUGAAGGAGCUCUACGGGACGCUAGCGCGGGAUUCGCAGCGUUGGAUCGAGAAACACCAGACGGUGUUUGCACACGGCGCGUCGCCGCCGGCGUCGUCUGCGUCGCCAGGGUCGGCUUCGUCGUUCUCCUCUCGCGUGCCGUCUACGCCGCCGUCGCCACCGCCGGCGUCGACGCCCCCUGGAGAGGUUCGCCUCGCGGCGCCCGCUUCGUCUGCAGGCGCCGCGGCGGCCUCUUCGCAGAGUGUCUCGCAGCUGGCCUUCCUGUUCCCCUCGUCGCUCACCUCCUCCACGUCGGCUGUUGAAGACGUGCAGGCGCCGUCUCCGCUUCGACACGCGCAGACGCUCCCCGUCAUGUACUCCGCGUCCUCCGCUGCGUCUCGCUUGUCGCCCUCGGCGCUGACCGCCGCGAGCUCGCCGAUGCAACCGCUGCGGUCUCGCCCCUUCGCGGACGACUCAGACGUGUGGAGUCGGCUCGCCCGCGACGACGGAACCCUCGCAGCCGCCCGAACUGCGGCCGCAGCCAUGAAAUCGGUCUCCUCAGGCUUCUCUUCGCUCUUUUCCUCUGCCUCUUCUCUGGUAUCUUCGGCGAGCGACGCCGUCAAGAGCACCGGCUGGAGCGGGAGCGCGGCGCUCUCAGACCCGAGAGACAGCGAGCCGGGGCGGCUGCCGCAGAGGCCCACAGAGAGGCGUGCGCUGCGAGGCGCUGCUGGAGGAAGCCUCGCAACUUGGAUCCAGGAAGCAGGAGGGAGAAGGAGCGACGCGCGACAGGCGACAACUCAGAACGUACGGGAGCGAUUGCCUUCCAGCAUUGCACGAGGCUCGCGGGAGCUCCAGCGGCAGUACGCCGCCCUCGUUCGCUCCCGCGCCACGUUUCUCGAAGAUGUGUGCGAGUCGCUGGCGCCAGCGGGGGAGACACGCGCCCGCUUGGAGCUCAGCAGCGACGUUCCAGAGGAUUUUUCUCUCCUUGAGCACGCGCUUUCGCCGUCGUCAGCCAACCGAGACGACGCGGAUGCGCUGGCGCGCGAGUUCGAAAACUUCAGCGUCGAGGCGUACGAUGACCUCCUCGACUUCUUCCAUGACCCGGCCGUGAUGGAGAUGCGGCGGCAGCUCGUUCCCGACGCAGUCAGCGAUGCGCUCUUCUGGCGGCGAUUCUUGUUUCGCGUACGCGCUCUCCUCAGAGCGACCGCGGAGUCCUCUCCGGCGUCUUCUUUUCUCGCGUGCGAAGUAGAGAAGCGAGAUCCCCGAGAGGGAAGUUCAGGCUUUGAGGCGCCGUCCGGUGGCCCACCGUCUGACGCGCGCUGGAUGGCGGGGGCUGCAGCGGCUGGCGGCGACAGGAGCGAAGAGUCGAAGGUGCGGCUCACGGAGCUCGACGAAGAGGAUAUCGCGUGGGACGACGAUGACGCGGAGGGCGGUGCAGGGGAAGCGGAAGGCAGCAGCGACUCACUCCAUUUGCAGUUGAGCGUCGCUACAGCGAGUGCCGAGUUUGCAAGCGGCGCGAUGAUGCGUCCCUUGCCUGGCUCGUCGCGAGGGAUGACUCCUCGCGCUGCAUUGCUGGUUGACCUUCCUUCCUCGUCUUCCCCAUCCCCCUCGUCGUCUGCAGCUUCCUCUCCUCCGCCGCCUUUCUGCCAGUUCCCCGAGGGCCACCCCGCCGCGUUUUCCGCCUCCUCAAGCGAGCCGCAGCGAGUCGACGCCACGCGCCCAGAGGCGCUCGCGUCGAGGCCUCCGCAUGCGCCACCUUCGGCCGCCGCUGCACUCUUCUCUUGCAAGGUGGCCUUGGGGCAGGAAGACGAGGAAGCUGAGGAAGUUCUGUCCUCGUGGCAGCACAGCGGCUUGUCGAGUCGCAGCGGCGAGCCAGAGGAUCUCGGCUGCUCGAGCUCUAGGCUUGGCGCGGACGAGUCGCAACAGCCUCCGCCGCGCGAGCCUCUGCAGGAGGGAAGCGCAGAGCUUUUUCUGCUACCAGGCGCCGGUCGUCGUGACGCUGGGGCGGAGAGCGGCCCCCGAGCAGACGCGGGAGACGAAGAGGAGGUGGCGCUAGAGGAGGGCUGGAAUGACGAAGAGCUUAUUCUUCUUUAA